GAGAGGAAGGGAAGAGUCAGCGGGCGCCAUUUUGGGAAGCGCUAGGGUUCCUUUGCUCCGUACUUGAGCCGAAGAAACCUGCGGCCUGCUUCGGAUUGUGGCGGCCUUUUGCCACGGGAGACGAGGCGGUCGGAGCUUGAGCGGGUGGCUUGCCGCUUCUUCCGUUAGGCGGAGAGCAAGAGGAGGAAGCAGUCGGGAGUGGGUGGGCGAGGGCAGCGAGACUGCCCGGAGUAAGUGCCGAGAGGUUGGGAAGACCGAGGGCGGCUCGUGCAGGGGUGCCUGUGGUAGGCAGGCAGAGAGCGAGCGAGCGAGCGAGCGAUUUUUGGUGGGACUCUUUUUCGGGCGCUGAGGGGGUAGCAGGGAAGGGUGGGCGGCGGGGAUCUGCUGCCAAGGGUGAAGCUUUUGGGCCCCAGAGGGUGGGGGGAAUCUUAGCCUUUAAUGCUUCAGAAAGGGGGGAGUAUGUUACUCUACAGAAGGACUUCACAUUUGAUGUAAUUACAAACGGGGCGCAAAGAAUAUAAAACCCCAGCAGGAACGCGGGGUGAUAGGACUACAUAGCAUCUCGCUUUGUUGGAAGAAGCUUGAAGAGGGGUCCCUUUACUAGUUGUGAAAUCUGAAGUUCUUUAGGUUCUUGAACCCUUGGCUUGCCCUAUGAUGAAAAGGAGCAUCAGGAGGUGUGCUAUAGAGGUGUAUCCACGAUCUUGAGAUGUGCCUGUUGUUCCCUGGCUAAUUUCCUUUGUUUGGCCUCUACUUGUGGAAGAAGAACUAAGAAAAGACACCUUGCCAGGCUGUGGAUUUGCAACUGUUCGAUACCUUCAGUUGCCUCUUCUACGAAUUAGAUUAUGGCUGCCAAUAUAGGAGACCAGCAUUCUUCAGAAUGGGUUUCACAGUACAACUUGGGUACUGCAAGCACCAGAGAAAACGGGAUGGAAGGCCCAAUGCAUGAGAACCCUGAAUGGGAGAAGGCUCGGCAAGCACUGGCUAAUAUUAGCAAGGCCAAUGCUUCAGCUGCUUCAGGCAACAGUAAAGGGGCCACCAACGGUCAAGCUAAUGCACAGUACUCAGCACAGCAAGGAGAAUCCCUGCAGCAGCAACAGCAAUACUACCAGUGGUAUCAACAAUACAGCUAUCUCUACCCCUAUAAUUACUAUUAUCCUAUGCAAAAUGUCUACUCUGGAUAUGGUUCUUCUGGGCAGUAUGGUGCCUCAGGCUCUUAUUCCUCAACAGCCCAACAGCCACCAGUUCCUGGGCAGCACCAAGGAAGCAUGAGUCAGCCUCCAGUCCCAGGCAUGGAAGAUGGAGGGAUGUCGUAUUCAAGCCAGCCUCAGCAAAUGCAAAUCUCUAACCCACCACAGUCCCCUAUGCAGCAUCCCAACCACCCUUCACAGCAUAGCAACCUACCCAUGGGCUCCGGGGGACAGCAGCAGCAGGGUGGUCCUCCUGGAGGGUUGCACUCUCAGUCAAACCAAUCAAGUGCCUCCUAUAACCAGCAGCAGCACUCUUACCAGGAAGCAGCCAAGCCCAAGAAAGGACAGCAGCUGUGGAAUCGCAUGAAACAAGCGCCUGGGUCUGGUGGCCUAAAAUUCAAUCUUCCAAAACGUCCCUUUGUAGUAACAAAUCAGAACUUCAGCUCUUUGGAGCAGCAGCAGCAACAACAACAGCAGCAGCAGCAGCAGCAGCAGCAUCCAAAUUUUGCCUCUCAGCAGAAUUCAGAGAAACGUCACAAUCACAGUUCUUCCACAGGUAAGCCUGAAGAUUGGCCACAGGACAUGAAAGAGUAUGUUCAGCGCUGCUUCACAGCUUGUGAGUCGGAGGAGGACAAAGACCGCACUGAGAAGCUGCUUAAGGAGGUCCUACAGGCCAGGCUGCAGGAUGGCACUGCCUAUACCAUUGACUGGAGCAGGGAACCAUUGCCUGGCUUGGGCCGGGACAACUUGGCUGAAAGCCCCAAGAAAAAACAGCAGCGCUGGGAAGUGUCUUCCGUCCACUCGCCACGUGCCUCUAUGCAGUCAAGUCUUGCUCAACAGCAGCAGAGGAGUGGUGGUAGCAAUUCUCAGCCCCAGCGAGGGGGAGGUAGCGGAGGAGCUGGGACUGGUCGGACUCGUGGGAAUGCUUUCCCCACCAAAUUUGGAAACCGCAAUGUUUUCAUGAAGGAAAAUAGCUCAUCUUCAAGUGUUGAUUCACGUUCUAGGUCAAGGUCGUCAUCCCGAUCUCCCAGUCGCCACUUCCGAAGAAGUGAUUCAGAUUCAGACAGCUCCUAUUCUGGAAAUGAGUGUCGCCUAGGUGGCCGCCGGAAUGCUCAGAAAAACCGAGGGCGUGGAGGCCACAUAGAUAGAGGGCGGAUGAGAUCACAGCGAGGAAAAAGACAUGACCAAGGUCCUCCUCCCAAGCGCAAUCGGAAACGCAACACUAUGGAUUAUGAAGACCCGGAAAAGGAGUUCAAGAAGGAACGGAGGGCAGCACGCUUCCAGCAUGGAACUCAUCCCAAAAAGCUGCGUCUGGAACCUCUUAUCUUACAGAUCAAUGCUCUGGACACUGUGGGCUCUGAUGGCCUUGACUGGAAUGAGCUGAAGAUUGUGGGCACCUGCCAAGAUAUCACAAAGCAUUACCUGCGCCUCACCUGUGCUCCAGACCCCUCCACUGUCCGGCCUCUCUCAGUACUUAAAAAAUCUUUAUCUGCAGUAAAAUCCCACUGGAAAGAAAAGCAAGAUUAUGCUUAUGCUUGCGAGCAGAUGAAAUCAAUCCGCCAGGACCUUACAGUUCAAGGAAUCCGUGCAGAAUUCACUGUGGAAGUAUAUGAAACUCAUGCCAGAAUAGCUCUGGAGAAGGGUGAUCAUGAGGAGUUCAACCAGUGCCAGACACAGUUGAAGUCUCUUUACGCAGAGAAUCUUCCAGGAAAUGUUGGAGAAUUCACUGCUUACCGUAUUCUUUAUUACAUUUUUACCAAGAACUCUGGAGAUAUCACAACUGAGCUGGCCUACCUGACAAAGGAGUUGAAAACGGACCCUUGUGUGGCACAUGCCCUUGCUUUGCGAGCUGCCUGGGCCCUCUCCAAUUACCACCGUUUCUUCUGCCUGUAUCGCCAGGCCCCUUGCAUGUCCGGCUACCUCAUUGACAAGUUUGCUGAACGAGAGAGGAAAACGGCCCUCAAAGCCAUGAUCAAAACUUUCCGCCCGGUGCUUCCGGUCUCCUACGUUGUGUCAGAGCUGGCCUUCGAGAGCGAGGAGGAGUGCCAAGCUUUCCUUGCAGCUCUGUCCCUUGUGUACACUAGUCCCGACGCCACCAAGAUUGACUGCAAGCAGAGCUUGGCGGUCCUGGCCAAUUUCUGAAAGCAGAAAAAAAAAAAAGCCCACUGCCCUCUUCUAGCCUGUUUAACAUGUACAUAUAUAGAGAGAUAUAUAUGUCUGUGUUUGUGUGUGUAUAUAUGUAUAUAAAAUCAAAUUAACAGUUGGCUACUGUGGGCAAGCUGGGACUUGCUCUGCCACUUCACCCGCUGUCCACAACGCACUUGGAUAGAAGAGGGUAAGAUCCACGGACAUCAGAUGGCAUCUGAGAUCACCGGAAGCAGAAGAGCAGAGAGUUCGGUCUAAGGAGUCUUGGGGGUUUGCCAGCAACAGGGAAAAGAGAUUUCAGGGAAGAAUAGUUUUGCACCAUUUACAAUCAUCUGUUCCUCCCCCCGCCCCCUUCCUCUCAUGUCAAGAUCCAUGAGUUGCUAGAGCCCCUGUCUCUCCCCGUAGUCUGAAGUUGCCAGGAUAAAAAGUUGGAAAUCUGUGGAUUAAUUAUGGGAAAUGAUGGAAAUUGCCACCUUGUGUGUUACCAUUUCUUCAUUGUCGUAAGGAUUCAGGAAGCUAGAAGAUCUCUCCCUGAGCCACAGAGCAAACCUUCUUAAUUUAUUUUUAAUUAUUAUUAUUAUUAUUAUUAUUUUUUGGUAAAAGUCUCACCAGGCGCUGUUUUAUUCCACUUGACAGAUCUGAAAAAGGCACCAGUACAUAAGCGCAUAUGGCUAGAUGUGAAUAUAUGUGAAAUAUGGUUUUGUACAGAAGCUACAAGUUGUAAAUAAUACUAGGCAAAUUCCUUGUUUCUUAAGAAAAAAAACCAACCCAUGUUUUUCUACUUUUAUAAUGAUGAAUUUAACAGAUGGUUUCCUCUGAAGAUGAAAAGUUCAGGUUUUGCGUGCGCAUUUUGUGUUCUUUAUUAUGCUCCUCAAAAACUAACACUGUCUCAGUUUUUUCCUCUUCCGAGCUAUGGCCUGGCUAUGAAAAAGCUUGAGAGAUGAUGCCACCUCUCCAGUCGAACACAAAAACAGCCCGAGGGGGAAAGAGCAAAGCAAAAUUUGUCUUCACAUAUUUCCUACCAGUUCAAAGACUUUUUUCCUACUCAAAGGAGAAAUGUGAGAGACUUCUUUGUUACAAAACCCCGCAAGGAUGUGGCCACGACAAACAAAGCAAAUCCAGAGAAGGCACGGUGCGCAGCUGUGAAAUCAGACCAACAAACAAGAUGAUCUUCACAGUCUCCUCUUCUGUUGUGUUCUGGAGUUGUCAUGCUAAGUUUUUUUAAUUUGUUUUUUUCUCCCUCUGUCCUCAGUUCUUUACAGGUAAACUUGAAAAUGCUCCACCCAUUUUCAUUUUUCUCUUGUCACAUUGUUUCAGUUUUGUUUUUCAAGUUUUGAAAGAUUGUCCAAUAAUUUUUUCUGUUUUCUUUCUCUCACUCUCUCCCCUACUCUUAGUCUCUUUAGCUUCUCAUAAUCACCUUUCUUCCCCUCUGUUCUCCUUUGCUCUAACACCUUUUUCUUUUUGUUUUUGAACAUGUGUAAUUUUGGGAUAUUUUGGCUUGGGCUGAAUUUUUCAAAGGUUCCUUUUUCCUUUUCAGAAACCUGAAUUUUCUUCCAUUUGAUUAAAGUCAGUUUAUUAAAACAGCA